AUGGAUACCCUGUCAAGACUCGGUAUCCCACUGCCCAUUGCAACCGGCGUUCUAGGUAUUCUCAUAGCUCUCAUCGCCAGCAUGGGCUUGUUCAGGAGAAAGAACCAGAUGCCCGUCGAGGGCCGAACGGUGCUCAUAACCGGCGCCUCGGAGGGAAUGGGCCGCAGCGCAGCCGUCCAGCUAGCCGCCAAGGGCGCCAACCUAAUCUUGGUGUCUCGCAACAUCGGCCGGCUUGAGGAAGCCCUCGCCGACGUCAAAGCCGCCGCGUCAUCCCCAUCCACUCAGCGCUUCACCUAUAUCUCAGCCGACGUCUCGGAGCCAGACUACGCCUCGGCCGUAAUCGCCGAGGCCAUCGCCUGGAACGGCGGCCGCAGCCCAGACAUCGUCUGGUGCGUCGCCGGCAUGUCGACGCCCCUGCUCUGGACCGACGACAACUCCCUCUCCGCCGCACGCCGCAACAUGGACGUCAACUACUUCGGCUCGGCUGAGAUGUCGCGCGCCAUCCUGCGCGAGUGGCUCUCCCCCGAGAACAGCACGGACCCCGACUCGGAGCCCAAGCACAUCAUCUUCACGGCGUCGGUGCUCGCGCUGUUCGCCAUCGUCGGGUACAGCCCGUACUCUCCCUCCAAGUGGGCGCUGCGCGGCCUGGCGGACACGCUGGCCAUGGAGCUGAACCUGUACCCAGAUAACCCGGUCAAGGUGCACGUGGUGUACCCCGCGACGAUUAUGAGCCCAGGCCUGGAGAGGGAAAAUCAGACCAAGCCCGGCAUCACGCACGAGCUGGAAAAGGACGAGCCGCCCGAGACGCCCGACACGGUGGCAAGGCGGGCGAUCGAAGGGCUCGAGAACGGCGAGUACUUUGUGGCGGUGUCGUUUCUGGGGACUUUAAUGCGCUGCGGCGUGAUGGGCGGGUCUCCCAGGAACAAUUGGGUGUCUGAUACCUUGCUGGGGUGGAUUGUGCCGAUUAUUUACUUCUUUGUGCUGAGGGGUAUGAAUGCGCAGCGUGGUCGACCGAAUAAGGUGACGAAGCCGGCCCCUCCGCCACGCGGACGCGCCCCGCGCCAGGUGGCUGUACAUCUGGCUGCCCACGAAGUGGAAGUUCACGACCUGGCCGACCAUCUCAAGGCCGAUCCCAGUUCCGUCUUUGGAGACGUGAGGAUGGCCGCCGACGACUAUGCAGCUGCCGCCGCCGCUGCCGCCGCCAUGGACACGGAUCUCACCGAGGACGCCCACGGCGAAGCAGAGCCCGAGGCCGACAUGCAGGACGGCCACGACCCUGGCACUGCCUCCGGCCUGCCGCCCCACGUCGACCUCACCGCUGCCAACAUCCUGGUCAACGGCGGCGGCGGCGGCGCCCCGGCCAACGCUAUGUCUCAGCCAGUUCAGGACCAACUGCAGGAGAUGCAGCAGAAUCUAGCACAUGCCCAGCAUGCACAUCAACAUCAACAUCAACAUCAACAUCAGCACCAGCACCCACAUGCACACCAGCAUCAGCAUCAGCAUCAGCCGCCCGCCCAAAUAGGCACACCGCAGGGAAUGCAACCCGGCCACCAGUCGAUGGACCCGUCCAUGAUGAAGACCACCGAGGAGCUCGCAAGGGACUCCGGGUACGGCGAGCUGAAUGUGGAGAGCGCGCUGGCCAAGCGGUUGGCCCGAGAGCCCGGCCAGCGCCUUGCUCAGCAGCGCAGGCCAGAGCAGACGCUCAACCUCGGACGGCGUAGUAACGUCGAGGCCCUGUUUGCCCAUAUCGCGGGCGAGCCGGCGCGCGUUCCUUGCAAGAACUGCCACAAAGGCCAUGGCCCAUGGACGAGUUGCAUUGUUGUGGAUGGCCAGAUGUGCGGUAGCUGUGCCAACUGCUGGUUCAAUGCCAGCGGUGCCAGGUGUAGUUUUCAUGAGACAAGAAAUCCCCAGGUCGUCCCACAGCACUCAACCAUCCUGCCAGCCACCAAUGCCAGUCUGGCCAGCGAUCCCACAUAUCGCUUUACGGCUUCCCACCCGCUGCUGCAGUCUCAUGCGCCCACGAUGGGAGCCGUCAAUCAUGCUGGUACGCUGUGGGCCAACAACCCGGUGCUGCAGCAGAUGGUGAAUCGAGCGAUGGCCGAAGUCCGCGCUGCCGACAAGGCCACCCGCCAGCUCAUCCAGAUCGACGUCACCGCAAAGCAGUUGGCCCUGCAGAUUGCCGAGUACGAAGACAUGGUGAGCAACCAGGGGUCGCCCGGCGGGCCGGUGCCGGGCCAGCAGGUUAUGGGCGACGAAUCCGGAGUGUAG